AGAAUGAAGAAAAGGAGAAAGAGUCAUUGCAGCAGAGUGAGGUGGAACCAGAAGAAGAAUACAUGGAUCAGCAUUAUACACAAGAAGACAGUGGAUCUGGUGAAGGAUAUGCUUGUCUGAUGUUUUAUGAGAAGAAUUCUUUUAUAUAUUUCACUGCUGUACCAGCUAAAAUGGUGAUUGCCCUUCUUGAGUACAUCAAAGAUCAUCAUCGUUUUGCUGAAGUUGGUCCAAUUCAUUAUUUUCAUUUCAAAUGGUUUAAUGGUUUUAUUGAAUUGAAUUUUAAUGAGAAACCACCAGCUGGUUGGACUCUCAUUCCAUUAAUUAAAUCUUGCAGGUUAUAUCAAGAGGAUAUUGAUUCAUUUGAUGGAACUGAUGAGUCUAUUCCUCCAUAUUGUUUCAUAUCAUUUCAAGGAUCACCUGAUGCUGUUCCUACACUACACUACUCAGUACCACUGGUGGGUGUGGCUGAUCCUGUUACAUUAUUUAUUCAUAGAACAAUGAAAAGCACUGCUCCACCAGCUGCCCCUUAUACUGGACUGGUCUAUCAUGAGAAGAAGGAAGAGGAACAUUUGAUAAUAUUCACUGCAGCAAAGUACAAGGAUAUUAGUAAUGCUGUAAAUGUAAGUUAUAAUAUUUGUAAUCAAGAGUUUAAUGAUUAA